AUGGACGGUUUAGAGGUCGCUAGCUGGCAGGACCUUUUCGCCAAGCAUAGCGUCAAUGAGGUGAGGGCGUUCUGCAGGACGCUGGACGCUCGCCGGCAGGAACACGGCAAGAAAGUUCGGGAGGCGGUCGGCUCCAACCACAGCCAGAUUGUGAGCCUCACCAACCAGAUUGCUCGAGUCAAGGUGGAAGCGCUGGCCAACGAGCGGGAGCUGGCUGAACUCAGCAGCACAAAGCACGAUAUAGAGUGGGAGCGGUACUUGAAGAACCUGGAUCGGUAUAAUUGGGCUGCCCAGGCCGGCAACGUUCGAAGCUGCUCCCGCCAACUUGCCGCACGUCUCUUGAGGUUUGCCUCGGACUCGCUGAUCAACAGACACUACCUGGCCACUGCACGUGCGCUAUAUUUUGUAACGGAGCUCAGCAGCGAGCCUGAUGUGGCGAAAAGAGCCGACGAGCAGCACCGUAAGUUGUCGGCAAUUGUCAACAAUUGGCUGGAUAACGGCAUCAACGACGGUAUGUCACAGGAACUGUUCAAUACCUGUCUAAUCAUUAAUUCUGUCUCCCCAAAAAAGAUGGUCGUGGACUUUUUGAAUCGGAGAAAAGACCACAUCGCCAGCGACUUGCAAAGACAGACCCCCGCCAGUGUUUUGCAGACGCUCGAUCUAAUUGAAUCAACACUGUUCGUGGCAAACCAGCUUGUGGAUCAUCUGUUCAAAACCAAAUUGUCGAAAUCGCGCCUGAUUAACUCGCCCGAGUUUAACGACGCUGAUCUUCGGCUCGGUGAACUGGACCGCUGGCUCGACAAAAAUAUAUUCGAGCUCCCCGCUUUCCCCGAAAACUGUUACUUCUCGGAUAAAAAUGUGGACAUUGAGCUGGCUCGAAGUCGCUUUAUGAAAGACACUACUGCGCUGUUGAAAGUGUCGGCUGGCCCGACAGCUUCUUGUUUGGAUAUUGCAGAAAUCACAAGCUUGUACUGUGACAUUCUGGUCAAAUCUCGGGAUUCUACCGAGCUUGGUGAUUUGGGGGAUAUAAUGGGCGGUGCUUUCCAUGACGAGCUGGUUUCUCAGUUCGAAGUCAAAGCAUUGGCUCGGUUUUCGCGUCUUGAUUCUUUGGUCGUGCCCCUGCCCGCCAAGCCGUCAAAACGACCAGAGCAUGGUUUCACAAAGUCGGUCGCUGAUUUAUUGAACGAUAUCGAGAACGCAGUAGAGGGCCAAGUGGACAUCGCUGCCGAGCCUCUCAAGGCUAUCCAGGAAUGGGCUCAAGGUUCAAACCAAGUUGAUCGGGAGGCCAAAAAGCUGCAGCACGCUGGUGUGCUCAGUCGGGAUGCCCAGCACCGGCAACGAUUAGACGACUUUGUCGCGGCAUUGAAUGAAAAGAUCAAUGCGGCUCGGUCAGACUGCUACAAAGAUACCGUUGAGCGGCUUGGAAAGCUUGAGGCCCACACUGCUUCGGACUUUGCCUUGGUUCUGCUCGUGAAACACAAACUAGAUGCUAGAGUUGCCGAACUAGGCAUGGAGGUCCAGCGCGAUCUGGACACAACCCUCGACCAGCAGCUUGCAAAAUCGCUAAUAGACAACUGGGAGCUGGAACCCGAAGCAGAUCAACUGGAAGGCCUCGAGAUAUCCUCUGGCAUUCUCAACAGUCUGUUUGAGCUCGUCAAGACCAUGGAUGCCACUCUGUGUGAAUUCGAAUGGCCUCAGUCGACUCUAGCCGUCUUGCGGUCUCUGAUUCUUGCCAAGGUCGAAUCCACAGCCGACGCAGCCGCCCUGGAAUCACUGCUUUCGGGCCAGGGCAAGUUGGCUGAGCGGUUCAGAUGCAUCCUGGGACCGCUGAUUCCUGAAACACAGAUUUAA